AUGUCCGCACCGAAGGCAACUCCUCCCGCCCAGGCCCCCACUGUCGUGCCCGUUGCGAAGGCUGGCGACGUCGCCCAGACCGCCAAGGCCCGAGAGGAGGCCCCCAACCGCGAGGAGAAGGUCAAGGCCGCUGGCGCCGCCCCAACCGCGGCCUCUGCAACCGCUGCCCCCCAGGUGGCGAAGUCCAAGGCGGCAAUGCUGGUGGCCGGUGGAGGCGGCCGGCAGCGGCCCGACAACCACCAGCCCGGCCUCUGCGGGCUCCCAAGCCCCGAGAAAGAGCCAGCUCCCGAGGUCAGCGCUCCGGCCAAGGCCAAGGCUGCCGUGUCCCCCAUCUCGGCCGCCGCCGUCAUGGAGGAGGGCAAGAAGCCGGCGACUGCUGCCGAGCGCCUCACGGCCACGGGCUCAGCCCUGGCACGAGGAAUGGGGGCGAAGGCCGAGGCACCCAAGGCCAAGGCCAAGCCGGCCAUGGCUGUGCCGAGCACCUCGAAGUACGCCGGCGGUGUGGCCUCGACCCAGUCCGCUCCCAACAGCGUGCUGAACAUCGUGAGUGGCAAGCCGGUGGCAGCUGGCGAGAUUGGCACCAACGCCUAUGCAACCAGCACGGUUGGCCCGGCCAGGGGCUAUGCCAAGGCGGCCUCCGCGGCAUUGCCCACCAGCGCUGCGCAGGACGUACCCAAGGUCGGACCACCUGCAGUCGCUGUGGGACGGGCGAUGGCCGAGGGGCGUGGUGCUGUGUCCACGGUUGGUGGCAAGUUGGUCACCACCAUCAGCAAGAAGUACCAGAUCGUCUUCGUUACCAGUGAAGUGGCUCCCUUCUCGAAGACUGGAGGCCUGGGAGAGGCCAUGGAUGGCCUGCCGAUUGCGCUGGCGGCCCUUGGCCACCGCUGCAUGGUCGUCUCUCCCCGCUAUGACCAGUACAAGGAUGCUUGGGACACCGGCUACUGGAGCUCGGUGCCCAUGGGCGGCAAGAACGAAUCCGUGCACUUCUUCCACACCUACAAGCAGAAGGUCGACUACGUGUUCGUCGAUCACCCGACGUUCUUGGAGCGCGUCAACGGAGAGACCGGUGCCAAGUUGUACGGCCCUGAGUGGGGUCAGGACUUCGCGGACAACCAAGCUCGCUUCGCCUACUUCUGCAAGGCUGCUUUGAAGGCCAUCCAGGAGUUGCCCCUGGGCGGUGCUGCGUACGGCGGCGACUGCAUGGUCGUGUGCAACGACUGGCACUCGGCCCUCGUCCCGAUGCUCAUCCACGCCGAGAAGCCCACAGGCAAGUGGACCAACACGAAGUCCGCGUUCCUCUGCCACAACGCCGUCUUCCAGGGUCGCUUUGUGCGCGAGGAAGGCCUGGCCAGCAUCUUCGGCGUUCCGGAGCGCUACAUCGACAGCAUCACCUUCAAGAUGCCGCUGCGCAUCGGCAAGUACAACGAGAAGAUGUCCUGCAUCAACACCAUGGCUGCGGGCCUUAAGUACGCCGACCGGGCCUUGACGGUGUCUCCCAGCUACGCGGUCGAGUGCUGCACGGAUCCGGAGAAGGGCGUGGAGCUCGAGGACCUCUUCACGCUGGGAAAGUGCACAGGAAUCUUGAACGGCGUGAAGGAGGGCGUGUCCCCCAGCGACAAGAACUUCGUCACGAAGACCAUGAUGUCCUGCGGCAUCUUCACGGCGGCCACGGCGCCCGAGGCGAAGGCCGAGCUCAAGGCCACCUACCGUGCGCAGAACAACCUCCCCGAGUCCAAGGGGCCUUUGAUGUGCUUCAUCGGAAGGCUGGAUGCCCAGAAGGGCUAUGACCUUCUCCUGGAGGCCCUGGUGGAGAUCCUGGAGGACACGGAGAUGCAGGUGGUCAUCGUGGGCUCCGGCCGCGCCGACCUCGUGGCCCAGACGAAGGCUGUCGAGAAGAAGUUUCCCACCAAGUUCUUCUAUGCAGGCUGGAUGGGCCCUGAGCGAUACGCUCUGUUGGCCGGCUGCGACUUCACCCUGCUGCCGUCCCGGUGGGAGCCUUGUGGCCUGGUGCAGAUGGAGGCCAUGCGCAUGGGCACCUUGCCCAUCGUCGCCCCGACGGGUGGCCUGAAGGACACUGUUGAGGAUGGCCUGAACGGAAUCUGGACCGACAAGGAGAUGUCCGUGGAGGCCGUCAUUGACGAGGAGUCGGUGGAGUCCAUCGCGAAGGCUUUGAAGCGCGCCUCGAAGCUCUUCAUCGCGGAGCCAGCGAAGGUCAAGGCCAUGACUCGGGCAGCCAUGGCCGCCUCCGCAGAGUUCACCUGGAGCAACGCGGCCCUUCAGUACGAGGCCAUCUUCGAGGAGCUGGGCGUCAAGGACACGUUGAAGGGAGGCCUUGCGACGGUCACUUUGGAGAUGGACAAGCAGGUGUGCUAA